AUAGGAAGAAGGCAGCUCUUGACUCAUUCAAACUUUGCUGUAAACAUUGGUUUGCUUUUAUUGCGAUAAGAUGAGUUUCGGUGUCGGCGAGCCAUCAAGAAGGUAGAUACGGACACUGAUACUCGACUGGACCCGGUAGUUGUAGUGCUUUUUGUUAGUUUAACGCCAACUUCGGGACGUUGCUCUUACGGAGAACACUAACAUUAGCCAACGGUGCCAUUUCUCAGCAUUGGAGGGGCGUGUUGGAGUUAGCAAACAACUUUCCUGGGAUGCUAACGGACCUUAAAGUGUUUUACAAAACCUUUGGCCACUUUUAUUCGAACCAAUACCUUUAUUAUAAGGUAGUUUGACUUUGACUAGCUUCUUGUUUUUGUUUUUGUUUUUUAUUACAAACGCCACAAACAGUGGUGGGGGUUCCAACCGCGUGUUUUUCCCGUCGACGCCGCCGGGGUUUAAAUCCUGAAAAUGUCGAGCUACAGUCGCCAUCGACACGGAUCACCCUGUCCUAAGAGUCUACCAAUUCGCCAAAAACUACAGUUCGCAUCCAGCGACGGGGAAGACGAACUCAUUGAGGACGUUAACAACAGCACCGGAGGGGAGUCUGGCUUCACGGAGAUGGAUUCCCCGAUGCCAGUGCGGCGGGGCACCGGGGGAAAACGGCUGGAAGGCGGCAGCAGUCCCCUGAACCAUUCCGGUGGGGACGACGACGUGGAGCUUUGGGACGAGGAGAGUUUUGGUUCCCCGUCUCACUUGCGAUCACCGAGCAGUGUCCUCUUCGCCAACUGCUCACCGUCACCGAGGAAGGCGUCUCGGCUGUACGGAGGUUCACCGGAGCGGUCGUAUGUGCAGGACGACGGGGAAGGAUCCAGCUCCCCGAUCCCAGACUGCCCCGACACACCUCCACAUAAGACCUUCAGAAAACUCAGACUGUUUGACACGCCGCACACCCCAAAGAGUUUGUUGUCCAGAGCCAGAGGAUCUGGCCCGGGAUCUUCCAGCAGGAGAGUUGCCCUGUUCAAGAAUGUGGAGCCUUCAGGAAAGUCAAUCACAGACAGCAGCAGGAGACAGCAGACCCCUUUGGUCAACUUUAACCCCUUUACACCAGACUCGCUGCUCAUCCAGUCUGCCACACAGCAAAGAAACAACAGGAAGAGAGCACACUGGAAUGACUCUUGUGGAGAAGACAUGGAGGCGAGUGAUGGUGAAGGAGAAGAGGAAGUGUUGCCGCCAUCCAAGAGGAUCACCAUGAUGGAGAGCAACAUGAUGUCCAGGUACACCUCAGAGUUCCUCGAGCUGGAGAAGAUCGGAUGUGGGGAGUUUGGGGCUGUGUUCAAGUGUGUGAAAAGACUCGAUGGCUGCAUUUAUGCCAUCAAGAGAUCAAAGAAACCUCUGGCAGGAUCAGUUGAUGAACAGAAUGCCCUGCGGGAGGUGUAUGCCCAUGCCGUGCUGGGCCAACAUCCCCACGUGGUGCGCUACUACUCUGCCUGGGCUGAGGACGACCACAUGCUCAUCCAGAACGAAUACUGCAACGGCGGCACGCUAUCUGACGUCAUCACGGAGAACUACAGGCGGCUCAGCUACCUAUCAGAGCUAGAGCUGAAAGAUCUGCUGCUGCAAGUCACACGAGGACUCAAGUAUAUCCACUCUAUGUCUCUGGUGCACAUGGACAUCAAGCCCAGCAACAUUUUUAUUUCACGGAAGUCUGUAACAAGCUGUGAUGACUGUGACGAAGAUGAAGGACUUACCACCAGCAUUGUCUACAAAAUAGGUGAUCUUGGUCAUGUGACACGUGCAAACAAUCCACAAGUGGAGGAAGGUGACAGCAGAUACCUGGCCAAUGAAGUCUUACAAGAGGACUACAGUAAUUUGACAAAGGCGGACAUCUUUGCUCUUGCGCUGACUGUUGUCAGUGCCUCAGGAGCUGAGCCUCUUCCCACCAACGGAGACAAAUGGCAUGAUAUCCGACAGGGAAAACUCUCUGCCAUCCCACAAGUGCUUUCUCCUGAGUUUCUCAGUCUACUCAAGCUGAUGAUCCACCCUGAUCCGAGUAGACGACCAUCAACUUCUGACCUCAUCAAACACCCGGUGCUCCUCACUGCUGCUAGAAUGAGCGCCGACCAGCUGCGAGUCGAGCUCAACGCAGAAAAGUUCAAGAACGCACUGCUUCAAAAGGAGCUAAAGAAGGCCCAGCAGGCUCGAGCUGCAGCAGAGGAGAAGGUUUUGACCACUGACAGGAUCUUGACCCGCUCCACAGUCCAGUCAAACCCCAGAACAUCCAGACUUAUCGGCAAGAAGAUGAACAGGUCAGUCAGCCUCACCAUCUACUGAGACUUUAAUCCACACUGACAGAAAAUGACACACAAAGGCUCAUGGACCUUUCAAUCAAAACCCGUUCAGAUGAAACGGCCUCUUUAGUUUUGCUUUGGAGAGAACCCUGUCAGUGGUGGUCGAACGCAUAGACUGUUGAACUCAUCCGAAAAAGACUUUCUUUGCCAACAUAGUUCAGCCCCUUUUUUCCAAUGGAUUUUUCUUUGGAAAAUAAACUCAGUCCUGAAAGGUAGUUACUGUACCUUUUUACACUCUAUCAUUCCGUAAGUUUUGCAUAUACGUCAGGCUCUCUCUCCGUUUCUGUCCUUGCACUUCCUUCGACAAAGCCGAAGCCGGUUGGCAGCGGAUCAAAGCCGCAGUGAAGCUCUGUUCAGUGUGAAUGUACUUGCCAUGUGCACCUUACUGCCUGUCAAAAGCCUGAUGCUGGGUACCAGAGGGUCUGAGAACUGACGAUUUCUGUGUUUGUAAUGGAGCACUUUGCAGGCAACAUCUGGAACUUGCCACAUUUUUGUAAGAAAAAAAGAAAAACUCUGCUGCUAUUGAUGUUUUGUGUGUAUCAGGGUUUGGCCCAUUUCAGGUUGGAUUGCUCUAGAGGUCAUUGGCUCUUAUUUUCAAGGAACAGGUGUCCAUGCCCCCCAUUUAAUGUUAAUUCUUCUGUUUGGACGGAGAAUGGAUCAUGUCACUUGAGGAAAGUCAUCCGUUUUGUUUGAAGUACCAAAACCAGUGAGCUAACUCAUUAUUUGUGAGAUCAGAACUGAUCCAUGGUGUUUUUGAAUUCCCCUGUUGAUUGGUGCUGCCAACCCUGCCUGUAGCAUUAGAACAAUCAUUGUCCUGUUCUUGAGGUUCUCACGUGUUGUGUUUUUCCCCAUGAUGCCCAUCUUCAGUUACUGUUUAAAAAUGUUUUUCUCAUCUUUUUGUUCUUGUAACUUCUAACCUAAAACAACCUUUGUGUUGUUGAAACUUGUACAUGUUUUCUUUUAAUAAAUUCUCACCACCUACCCCUU